GGAUCCCGCGACGGCGAGCCGCGGCGGAGCCGAGCUGACACGUAAGUGCGAGGCCGGGGAAGUUGCCUUUGUUCCCCUCAGGUUGGCGGCGGCGGAGGAGCCACCGCCCGGGCGGGUCCCCGCGGCGGGGCCGGGCCGAAGGCGCCGCCUGAGGAGAGCCGGCAGCCGUCCCCGCCCCGCAGGCCGCGCUCGCCAGCGCCGCUGCCCGCCCCUGCCGCGGGGACCGGGACGAUCAGCCCGGGGCCGCCCCCGGAGGGGGCCGGGCAGCACCGGGCAGCCCCGCGGCCGCAGCAUGCGGCUGGGGCGCCCGCCCCGCGCCGCCCAGAGUCCCGCCGGCCCCGCUCCGGCGCGCAGGGCCCGCACCGACGGAGAAGCCGCCCGGGGCGUCGCGGCGGUGCCCAGGGGCUGAGGCGCUCGGCCGGCCCCUCCGUCCCUCCCUCGGUCCCUCCCUCUUUCCUCCUCCUCCCGGCGCGGGCCCGGGGCCUCCGAUGUCGCCGCCUCGUCGCCCGCCGCCUCCAGCUGCCCGCCGCUAAGCCGUGAGGGGCGGGGGCUCCCGGGACCCCGCCGGGGACAUGGGCAACGGGAUGUGCUCCCGAAAGCAGAAGCGGAUUUUCCAGACCCUCCUGCUCCUGACUGUCGUGUUCGGCUUCCUCUACGGGGCGAUGCUCUACUACGAGGUGCAGGGCCAGCUGAGGAAGGCUGAGGCCACGGCGCUCAAGUACCAGCAGCAUCAGGAGUCCCUCUCUGCUCAGUUACAAGUUGUGUAUGAGCACAGGUCAAGAUUAGAGAAGUCAUUACAGAAGGAAAGGCUUGAACAUAAGAAAGCAAAAGAAGAUUUUCUUGUUUAUAAACUAGAAGCACAGGAAACGCUAAAUAAAGGAAGGCAAGACUCAAAUAGCCGAUACAGCGCGCUGAGCGUACAACACCAGAUGUUGAAGAGUCAACAUGAAGAACUGAAGAAACAGCAUGCUGAGCUUGAGGAAGAUCACCGAAAACAAGGAGAAGAGUUUAGCAGAACAUUCAGCGAUCACAAGGAACGAUACUUACAACUGCAGCAGGAAAAAGAGCAGGAGAUCUCUAAGCUGAAGGAAUCCCUGUAUAACUUACGGGAGGAGAACAGACAGUUGAGAAAAGCUCACCAAGACAUUCACACCCAGCUACAAGAUGUGAAGCAACAGCAUAAGAACUUACUCUCCCAACACAACCAGCUUGUAGUGACAUUGGAAGACCACAAGAGUGCACUAGCUGCUGCCCAGUCCCAGGUGGAGGAAUACAAGCAGUUGAAGGACACGCUCAACAAAAUGCCAAGUUUCCGACAGCCUGAGAAGUCAGAACGGCCAAAGGAGCAACCGGAGGCGCGAGCGCUGUCUCCCCGCAGUGACCUCCCAACGCUCCAUGAAGCUGUGGCUGGAGAGCGUAAGGAGGAUGAGAAGUCAAAAGAGAGAGAAGAAAUAAACACCCAGGAAAAAGAAGACAGAGAUGAGGCUUUUCAUCCGCAAAGAAGGACUAGUGAGGGCCAGCAUGCCAAAGAACUAAAUAUUCAGGAGCAACAAGAAGCUGGAGAGGAUGAUGAGCAACGUGUUAAUCAAGUUGAAGAGGAACGCAAAAAAGAACUUGAAGAGGAAGAAAUGGAGCAGGCAGGUCAGCCGGAGCACUUAGAGGAGGAACAAGAUCAAGUACCAGAAGAGCAUGAGUGGAAAAAACAAGAACAGAAAGAAGAAGAAACCAACAUGUUGGGUGAUCAUCUUCACUCAGAGGUAACAUCAACAAAAGCUGUACUAAAAAGACAUAAGCCAGCUUAUGAACAACAACUAGAGCAGCAACAUCUUGCAGCCCAAAGAGCAGAGGAAGCCAAUCGGCUACGAGAACAUCAGGAAUCCCUACACCAGCAACGACUGCGAGGACAGCUAUUACGGCAACAACAGCUUGAAGAAAAAGAGCUUCAGCUGCAGAAACAGGCAGAACAAGGAGAGAAACUCUAUAAAAACCAGCUAAGCCAACAGGCUCAUUAUGAUACCAUGGACCAUGAUAUUGUACAAGGGGAGGAAGAGCAAGGUAUUCAGGAAGAGGAAGGAGCUUAUGAACGUGACAACCAGCACCAGGAUGAAGGUGAAGAUGAUGAUCAAAAUAACGCAAAUGAACGGCAAGAACCAGAACAUAAAGUAGAACAUCAGCGUGCUGGUGAAUCAAAAGCAGCCGUGGAAGAUGUGAAUCCUGCUGAUGACCCCAACAAUCAGGGAGAAGAUGAAUUUGAGGAAGCUGAGCAAGAGAGAGAAGAAAAUCUACCAGAUGAAAAUGAAAAGCACAAGCAAAACAGUCCGAAACAAGGACGUCCGGGAAUGGGAGAGCACCUAGUGAUGGCAGGAAAUCCAGACCAGCAGGAAGAUAAUGUGGAUGAACAAUACCAGGAAGAAGGAGAAGAGGAGAUCCAGGAAGAUUUGACCGAAGAGAAGAAACGAGAACUGGAGCGCAAUGCUGAAGAGCCGUAUGGUGAAAACGACGAAAAUGCCGAUGACAAGAAUAACGGAGGGGCAGAUCAAGAGCAAGAAGUUCAAGAAGAGAACAACCAGAAAGAAGGUCGUGAAGAAAAUUAUGAGGAGGAAGAGGAGGAGGAGGAGGAGGGCAGAGCUGUUGCAGCGAAAACUCGUAGACGAGGGGAGAUGUAGUCCUCCUCUCUUUUUUUUUUUUUUGCAGCACACAAAUUCCUGUUGUGUUUUUUUUUUUAAAAAAAAAAAACAAAAACAAAACACAACCAAACCAACAACUCUUGUAGGAUAUUUAAUUUCCAAAAAUACUUUGUUUUACACUUUUUACUUUUCUAUUAGAUGCUCUCCUGUGUUUAUAUGAAUACGGUAUUUUGAUACUCUAGAUUAGGAUUUCUUUUCUAUUAAAGCUGUACAUAAACAGACAUCAUACAGGUUUAAUUUUUCGUAAUUCUGAGCAUGUUUUAUAAAGGCCAUUUUGGAAAUACGCUUUCACCUUGUUCAAGCCUGACAGACGUUUGGUCUGAUUUCAGACACAUUCCACAUCCGAGAGAACAGAUCCAGUGCCUAAACCCCGUCGCCAUUAGUCGCUCCAGCUCCCGCUGUCUUCCUUGACACAACUUUUAUGACUAAGGGCUGGCCGCGCUGCGCGGCUCAGGCACGACCUGCGCCGCUCGUCGAGGCCCACGGGUACCUUCAUUCAUUGUUAUCUCAUGAGGUUCUUCAAAUCCUUGAAGAUAAGCACAUGCCUUACUAUUUGCAGGACCAGGCCUUUUAUAGGUGCAGAACAGUUAUAAAAUAUGCAAGUUUUACAAGCCUUCCAAAUGCAGCCAGGUUAACAGCUGCUAAUUUUGGCAGCUGUUCAUAUCCAGUGAAAUUAUGCAUUUAUUUUAAUGAGCAUACCUAGGUACUUCAAUUACAUGCACUACAUAGCAGGUAACGCAAAUGGCGGUAUGCUGAGGCGAGAUGUGCGCUAGAAACCAAUUUAGACUCGAAGAUCCAUUAUGCCAAAUCAAAACACUACAGCUGUCACGUGAACCAAGAUUUCCGGAAGGAACAAUUUUGUUGUCCUAGUUAAUAUAGAAAAUAUUUGACGGGAGAACCAGAAUUACGUCGCCUGAGUGACGUGCUUCCUGGAGAAGUGUAGAGAGGGUUAAAGCAUCUUUACUGAGUUGACGUGAUUGGCGCAAGAUGUUGAACUAAGGCCUUUACCUUCUUUUACUUAUUUAUUUUUUAAGCCUACGCUGGAAGGGUUUCUGCGUCCCUUCGUGUGAAAAUCAGAGUAGAAACAAAUCCCACACUCGUUCUUUUUUAAACAGCAAACAUCUCUAGCGCUGCAUGCCGAAAUCUAAGGGUCGGGGGGGAGCGGGGGGGGGGACUGUGUGUGAAACGACACAAAACUUGUGCCUUGGUAGGCUACUACGAACAUAAUCACGGUGCAUGAAUGUAGGCAAUAUGUGUUAUUUAAUGUAUGGGAAAAGGAGAAGGGGACUCCGGAUUUCCUAGGCUACGCCCCAUUGCUGGCAGCAGCUCCCCGCAAAAGCCUCUGUUAAUAUAUAAAAGGAGAGGGGUUGGGAUUUUUCCCCCCCCCCCCUUUUUUUUUUUUUAAUAAUGAUACAUAGCAAUGUUUUUAGUUUAACUUUUUAUAUGAAUGUAAUUUAAUUCAUUUUUCUACUAACUCGAUUAUGCUAUGUUUUAUAGUUGGUUUCCCUUCUUUGCAAUUUUCCUAAAUGUCCCAGACACAGUGCUUAUGUUUCAUAGGAAUAUUUUUGUCAGCAGGUAUUUUGGGUUUUCUAGUUACCAUGAAUCAGAUUUAUCUUAUGUAUAAAAAAAAAAAGUUUACACGAUAAUGUAAAAUGUAUAAUAUGUACAUAAUCUUCAGAAUACAAUUAUUUUGGUAAAUUGGCCUGUAUUUUUAAGGUUGCAGUAUUUAAUUAUUUGAGGCAUAAUAAAACUUGACUGCAGUCAAUAAACUGAGAUGUAGUUACUGAUCUUG